CGUCGGGACGGAUGAUCAACGUCAAAGAGAAAAAGGCGGAAGCAGAGGUCAAGGCGAAAGAGGACGAACAGAAAGCUCGUGAAGAGGUGGAGAGUCGCAAAGGUGACGUUCAACGGCGCGAGAAGGAGGCGCGGAGGCAGGAGUUGGAGGAUGCCAAAGUUAUGACAUUUGCGCGGCAUGCAGAUGACAAGGGGUUGAACGAAGAGCUCAAGGAGAGGGAGAGAUGGAAUGACCCCAUGGCGCGACUCUUGGCUACUAAGAAGAGCAGUUCGGCGACGGGAAGCGGAAAGUCGAGAAGCAGCGGCAAGUCGUAUCAAGGCGCGUUUGAACCCAACAGAUAUGGCAUCAAGCCUGGCUGGCGAUGGGACGGGGUUGAUCGUGGAAACGGGUUUGAACGGAAAUGGUUCGCCGCUCGGAAUCGUGUUAAAGAUCAAGAGAAUCUCGAGUACGCGUGGCAGAUGGACGAAUGAGAGAGGACUUUCACAUCAUUCCCUUCGACUUCUCGCACGACAAAUGUCGCUCGCGCCGCCAUGAUGUGCACCACUAUCUGAACAGACGAUCCUGGCCGCUGGCUAUGCGACAUAUGAAAUUGAACCAAUGCACACCCAAG